UACAUCCUGACAGCAAGCAGGUGGGUUUGUCCUGGCUGCAGCAUGGAUUAAUCAGACAUUAAUAAUUUACAUCUUUUUCAUUGAUCUCCUGCCCAUGACAGAGCCAGCAACCUCACUCUACCCCUUUGGCAUGGAAGGAGGGGACCAAGAAUACGUCCAGAGGAGGGUGGAUUUUAACUCACCCCUGUUCAAGCCAGAAAUUGGAUUCCCCUUUGGGAAGUCUCUGCAUGAUGCUCUCUAUUUUACAGAUAAUGGACAGAUAAUUUUUCCACCCACGGACAACUACGUCCCAUCCAACCCCAACCCCCCUCCCCGGGGCUUCACUGGCCGGGAGAGCUUGCCAAUGGUGGCUGCCUUUUGGGAUGAUGCAGACUUUUCCAAGGGUGUUGGCACCACCUGGUACCAGGAGUACUCUACACUCAGCUCUACCCAAGACUCCGUUGUCCAAGAUGUGGAAUCAAAGAUUGAGAAAUACCUGAAAAUCCCCUAUGUAGCAAAAUGGACCUUGAAGGUGACGUGGGAGAAAGCUCCAGCAUACCCAUCCCGGAGGGAUGACAGUCAGACGAGCACCUACCAGGCAGUGCUCACCACCGAUGGGAACCGCUCCUUCGCCCUGCUGCUCUACCAGGACGGUGGGAUGCGCUGGGACUACACCAAGCUGGCUGCAGCUAACGUGCUGAUCGGCUUCUCCAGCGGCAAUGGCUAUGCCCAAAACAACGAGCUGACUCAGAAGCCACCAGCUGUCAGGUACAGACCAGACCAGGAGAGCAGCACCGGCUCCGAUGUGCGUGGGCUGUGGAUUUACAGGCUGGACAGUCGCUCCCGGGUGAAUUACAGGCUGCAGUGCCUGGCGUGGCUGGACACAGAGCCAGCACCGGCCACCUGGAACAGCCGGCUGCCAGCAUGCCCCUGCUCCCGGCCCCAGGCAGAGCUGGAUCCCCGCUACCGCUGGAGCAGAGGCCCAGCGGACACGUCUGUGAGGAUGCUGCGCACUGCGUCCCCCAGCCCAGCUGGAGCUGGGGUACGAUGUCUCUACCGAGGUGGGAGCUUGCUCGAAGGCUGGCAGGAGAGAACAUGGAGCCUCCCCUUCCACACCGCCACUGACAGGGAGCUGGAAGCAUUCGACUGGUGCUGCCGGCGUGUGGGGAAACCCCUGUUCUGUGCCAGGUUUGCUGAGAAGAGACCAAGGGUUGGCUGUGAAGGAUAUGUGCCACCCACUCCUGCUGGUGCCUUUGGGGACCCUCACAUCACCACCCUGGAUGGACUCACCUACACCUUCAAUGGGCUCGGGGACUUUGUCCUGCUGCUGGCCAGUGAUGCCCAGACCAGCUUCGUUUUGCACGGGCGCACAGCACAGACUGGCAUGGCCCAGGCCACCAACUUUGUGGCCUUCGCUGCCCAAUACAUCUCCACCACCACCACAACAGUUGAGUGGACCUUGGGGAGCCAGGAUGACAUCCAAGUCCUCCUGAACAAUGAAACCGUCCAGUUUUCCUAUUCCGAAGACCUGGGUGAUGAGGUCUACUACAUCCCUGGUGUCCUGCUAGUCAAUGCCUCCUCUGUCACGGCUGUCUUCAAUGGGACCAUCGCUGUCUCUGUCUCAGCCAGCUCUGGGAUCCUCAGCGUGGUCUGCAGCCUGCCCGACUGGUACCGCAACAGCACCAGGGGCCUCCUGGGUGUGUGGGACCAUGACCCCGCAGAUGACUUCCAGAUGCCAAAUGGUACCAGCAUCCCUGUGAACAGCAGUGAAGAGGAGAUCUACAGCUAUGGGAUGACCUGGGCUGUUGGGGAGCACCACCUGUUCAGUCAGCCUCUGGACUCACCAGCACUGAACUUCACACCCUUCUUCUUGUCUCGGCUGCGGCAGGAGAAUGAAAGCCAGUACCAGCUGGCAGCCUUGCAGUGUCACGGCAGCAAGGAGUGCAUCUACGAUUCGCUGAGCACAGGGAACUUGGCCCUGGGCCUGGCCACCCAGAGCCUUGCAGCCGACUUCCAGCAGAGGAAGACAGCACUCAAUGCCUUCCCUCCCGUCAUCACCGGUGAUGCAUCAAUCACAGCCUUCAGGACAGAGAAGGUCAGAAGGCAGUACCAUGCCUUGGGGGCGGGUGCACGCUUCAUUCCCCAUCUCUCACCAGAGCUCAACAUAUCGGAGAAUGGCACCCUGAUAUGGAAGCCCCGUGAGAUAGCCCCAUUCACCAUCAACCUGGAGGCUGUUGGGUCCAACAACAUCUCUGCACUGCUCCAGCUCCGCUUCACCCUUUGCAGAUGCAGCAGGAGCCAGGAGUGUGACUACGGCAACACUGUCAUUCUCAGGGAGUCUUCCCUGCAGCUGGCAGCCUGCAGAUGCGAGAGCGGCUACUCAGGUCCCCUCUGCCAGGACCCUCCGGACCCCUGCUCCCAGGGAUGCUUCCCUGGUGUGGGAUGUGACCCUUUCCGUGGCUGUGGCCCCUGUCCAGCUGGCCUGACAGGGGAUGGACAGCACUGCUCAGAUAUCGAUGAGUGUGCGCAGGGGAUGGAGUGCCUGGGGAACAGCACCUGCACCAACACUGUGGGCAGCUACGUCUGCUCCUGCCUGGCCAGUGAGCAGGGUGAGAAGCCAGGCUGUGGCUCAGCCUGUGGCUACCACUCCUGCCCUGAGGGCUACUGCAGUAACGGGGGACACUGCCACCUUCACCCCAUCACCUGUGCCCCCACCUGCACCUGCCCCCCGGCUUUCACCGACCAGCACUGCCUGGUGGCAGGAGGGGACUUUCAGCCUCUGCCCAGCACGGGUCUCCCUCGGAGAAGCAUCCAGAUGAGGGUCAAGACACUGCAAAACACCACUGCUGAGGAAGUCAACAGCACUGUCUCGGCCAUCCUGGACUCCCUGGAGGUAAAGGCUUUCCAGAGCAACACCAACAUCACCCAGAUGACAGACAGCGAUGGCUUCACCUUCGUGCUGGUGUCCGAGUUUGCCUAUGACAGCCGCGGCACCAUCAUCCGCUUCCUGAACGAGGAGCUGCCCGCAGCCAUCACCGGCGCCUUCAACGCGCGGCAAGGGCGGCAGGCGCGCACAGGGCUCCUCUUCCAGCGCCUGCACCGGGACAACAUCACUGACCUGGUGAAGCUGACAGUGGAUGAGCUGAGGGACUAUUUCCCCUGCUCUCUGUAUGGCUACAAAGGCUACCAGCUCCGCUACGUGGGGACCGUGGGCUUCAUCUGCACCUCCCCUUGCAAGAUGGGCUACUGCCAGCACGGUGGCCAGUGCCAGCACCUGCCCGAGGGGCCCACCUGCAGCUGCCUGCGCUUCUCCAUCUACUCCCCGGCCGGUGUCCAGUGUGAGUGGCUGGCCAUCAGCCUGGCUGCCUUCCUCGGCAUCCUGCUGGGAGCCCUGGCUCUGCUCUGCCUGCUGUUUGCCAUCGCCUGCCUGGCCCUGCACCUCUGCCGCCAGCGCCGCCGCCAGCACCAGGGUGCCAAGGAGACCUUGUGGAGGACACGGCCCUUCUCCUCUUUAACGAUGACAGGAGAGCAAGCAGAGCCCACCAUCUCCCACUCUCUGGAAAGGCAUUGGAAACUGCAGCUCCAGGCCAUUGACCCCUCAGUCCAGAUAAGAAUCCAGAGGCCCCACGUUAUGCCUCCAAGCCAGUCCCCCCAGCAGCCCUAACCUGCCACUGGUCCUUUCCUGGCACCUCCAGGCUCAGGAGGAGCCAGACGCUGCUGCCUGCUCCGCCGCUUGCUCUCAAGCUCUCCAGCAGCAGCAACGCGUGGAAGGAGGGGACAGGCUGCUGCUUUUGGGUUCUGGGAGGAUUCACUCUGGAGGAGGUGCUUUUUUGAAUGUGUCUUUAUGUUGGGUGGCCAAAGCAGGAGGAUUUCACCUUCCCCUGAGGACCUGCAGAGACACCUGGGAUCAUCCUUGAAUGUGUCUGCACUAGGGUAUGUUCUGGUGCAACAUAACCAGACCCUGCAGAGCCCCCGAGAGCAGGGUCAGCUGGGGCAAUGCAGUGAUUGUAAUCCCUUAGGAACCAAAUAGAAUAAACCAAAAAUGUUGGCUUGCUGUUAAAUUGUCUGCACCUCAAGUGUCUCUGCGCCAGCCCUGCUUCACUGUCAUUGAGCCCUCAAGUCCCUGCUUUCUGCUGGUCCCAUCUACUGAGCCAAAGUGAAAAUGGAUGUAAAUUUUCUAGUGCCUUCAUCCACUCAUUUUCCCUACACACCUGCAAGUCUCCUCACACUGCUUUCAUGGACCCUGCUUACAGUGGCUCAGAUCACACAGGUCAGGCUUUGGUCCCCAUAAACAUGCCACAACCCUUCAGCCCUGGUGAUUGGGAGUUGCUGACCCAAGGAGGGUAUAUCAGACCCCAUCAGACCCCCAACUCCCACCCCUUUCACUAAGCCCUGUCUUAGCUGUAUCUCCAGCACUAAAGCUAAGAACAGAAAUAUCCUGUCAUCCUGCUGCUCCAAGCCUGCCCUGUCAGAGCUUCCCACUCCAGUUUGGCAAAGGACAUGGCUACUGCAGGAUCAGUGAUGCUCAAACUCUUUCAAGGUCUUAUUGAACAAAUGAGAUUUGACAAUGAUUUAAUUUUUUUAAGAAAUGAAGAUGCUCUUUUACACACAAAAAAUUACUUUUCUUCCAACAUUUCUGAUCAUGGGGUUGCAUUUUGCCCUCACACA